AGAUUUUGAUUUUGAGUCGAGAAAGACUAAAGUAAAUGAAAAGUCUAACAAAUCUAAAGAUAAGGAAGGACACUCAAACACAAGUGGUAAUGGAGGUUCUGGAGACUUUUUGGCUAAAAAAACUUUGAUGCAUCAGAGGAUAAUGGUAUGUCGUCACAGGAUGUUGCCAUUUCAAGGGUUGACAUUCAAAUGGAUAUUAUUAAGGAUUCUGAUCCCAGAAAUGAGGAUAAACACUUGAAAUCCGUAAUAGAUGAAAGCUGUCUUCUAAAACCUGCAAUGGCUGAAGAACAAGAGAUAAACAAAACACUUUCACCUGGGACGAUAAUUUCAUGUAUCGUUCAGGAACCUAUACAAGAAUCUAGAUCAUCAGAGAAGAGAUCUUCUCCAGAACCUCAUGCUCAGCAUGUUGUUCAUGAUUUAUAUGCUCACUCUUUAGCUGAUAAUGUUUCUACUCAAGGUACUACCUCAGAUGUGCAAGAAGAAGAAUUCAGAAAUGUGGUUAGAAUGGGGAGCUCGAUCACAAGUGAUGAGCAAAGUGGUAAUGUGAGGCAUGUUGAUGAAUUGGUACCUACUAGAAGUUCAUCAUUUGAAAAUUCAUCAGAACAUAUGAAUUCAGAAAGUCAAAAGGGUGAAAUGUCCAAGGUGAUGGAUGAUAAUGUACUUAUUGGCCAUAACGAUGGUGAUGACACAAGUAAAACUGAAUCACAUCUUGAAAGUUCCAUGACACAUGGGAUGGAGGAUUUGUCUCAUGGUGAAAUGAUUGAUAGGAGGAAUGCAGAUUCAAAUUUGAAACUUCAUAUGGGUUCUCUGGACAGGUGAGACUAAGUAUAUAUUUUCUGCUGGCUAUGUAAGCAAUGUUUGGACUUGGACUUACCUUUCUUGGUCGUAGACAAUUGGCAAUCGGACUAAUUCACAGUUUAAACCGAGUACACUUGACCAUCAUUAAAAGAAAUAUCUGAAACUAGAAUAUGAGCAGAUUAUAAUAAUACAAUUUAUUAAAAUUCAGGAGUUUUGGAUAUGAGCUUGAACUUUAUGCUAGGCAUAGGUGUAACUAUUUUGCUGAUUUUAUGUAGUGGAACCACAAUAGAUGAGUUGCAAUCAGAGAAAGAAAGCAAGAAUAUACGUAGCCAUCACUCUCUUCGACAAAACUCAUCUCCUUUGGCAACACAAGAAUGAGCACCUUACCAAAUAAUCCUGCACUUGAAGAAAGGUGAGACUUUCUUGUAGUUCAAGUAACUUUAUCAAAAAUUAGGAAGAAGAAAACCCGAUUUUAAGACUUUUACAGGGAAUUUGGUUCAAGAAGUGUAGAAUCUGGUAGCAAGUCUACUUGUAGAUCAAAGUCGCCACCCAAAGUGCUAAGCAGAGACAUACCUGUUCAAAUUGAAAACACAGAGACAGGUCAUGUAAAAUCCUUUGAUGAUACUCGGCAGUUACGGAAUGCUGAUGAUAAAAUCCAGAAAUUAACCAAUGAUGACCACAGCGCCACAUGAUAUUGAUCCAACGAAGGAGAAACCCGUGUCACGGUGAAGUGACCAAAAUACUGAACAUAUUAAUGCACUCAGGUUUCUUAUCUAUAUUUGGAUUUUUUGUUCUGUUUUAAAAGUUUAUCCCUAACAACUUUGUAUAUGAAUGCUCCUGAUAUGCUGGAAGCUUACUUUUUGCCUGCUUUUGCGGAUGUUUAUGAGAUUAUGUUCUAUAGUUAUAACAUGAAUUAAUAGUAAAAUGUGUUAGAGUGGGUGUUCUUUCUGAGUGAAAAUGCCUUCUUAUU